AUGUCUACGUUCGCGAGACGUAGGAUCGUGCAGGAUAUCUCGCGCAUCACUCGCGACCCGCCUCAUGGAGUAAAGGCAUCUCCGUUUUCCGACAACAUGAUGUACUGCCAUGCAAUCAUAAAUGGACCGGAAGACACUAUGUGGGAGGCAGGCACCUUCCACUUGCUAAUAAAGUUCACGGAGGACUACCCAACAUCGCCUCCUCAUGUCCGAUUUCUGACACGAAUGUACCACCCAAACAUCUACUCGGAUGGGAAGAUUUGUUUGGAUAUUCUGCAAAAUCAGUGGAGCGCCAUGUACGACGUUGCUGCAGUUUUGACUUCUAUUCAAAGUCUUCUUAGUGACCCCAACCCAGACUCUCCGGCAAACCCUCAGGCAGCAAAAAUGCUCGUUAACAACAGGGUGGAGUACGACCGACUGGUUUUGGAGUGUGUUGAGGAUAGCUGGGCGAUCCCUGUGCUUCCAGAGGGUACAUUUGACGAAGAAUGA